GGAACGUGUCCAGAUUUUUUUCGUGUGUUCAGUGUUCCAUUUUGUUCUUUUGUAUCUCCGAAUUUUUUAAUCAGUGAGAUAACAAAGGGAAAAUGUCUCGAAAACUGUCAACGAAACUGUUGUCACCGACGGUGAUGUCCAGUAUUCGUAGGGCUUAUUCCACGGACAGACCCUAUUCGACGGACAGACCCUAUUCGACUGUCGCAAAUUUGGCUGACAUUUUUGAGGAGGAUGGAAUUUUCGAAAAGACGGUAGAAAAUGUGGAUACAAUUCGUCCCUAUUCAGAAAUACCCGGUCCCAAGGAAUUGCCCAUAUUGGGAAACUCGUGGAGAUUUGCACCCUUAAUUGGACAUUACAAAAUCCACGAGCUGGACAAAGUGAUGUGGUCGCUGCACAAGGAAUACGGGAAGAUAGUUAGGGUGGGCGGGCUGAUUGGCCAUCCCGAUUUGCUUUUCGUGUUCGACGGUGACGAGAUACAGAAGGUGUUCCGCAGGGAGGAGGGCAUGCCGCAUAGGCCUUCCAUGCCGUCGCUGCAUUAUUACAAGCAGAAGUUGCAGAAGGAUUUCUUCGAAGGAAAUGAAGGUGUUAUAGGAGUUCAUGGACCUAAGUGGGACAGUUUCAGAAAGCAGGUGCAACAGAUUUUGCUUCCGCCAGCUACAGCCAAAAAAUACAUCGAACCACUCGACAUCAUCGCUGCGGAUUUCUUGACCAGGAUGGAGAUGAUGUUGGACGAUAAAAGGGAAUUGCCUGAAAACUUUCUGUCUGAAAUAUACAAAUGGGCCUUGGAAUCCGUGGCAAGAGUUUCGUUGAACACCAGGCUGGGUUGCUUGGAUGCCAAUUUGGAUGCCAGUUCUGAGUCUCAAAGGAUAAUUGACUCUAUUAACACGUUCUUCUGGAACGUGGCUGAAGUUGAACUGAAAAUGCCCGUUUGGAGGGUGUACCAAAACAAGGCGUUUAGGAAGUACAUUGGAGCUUUGGAAGACUUUAGAACCUUGUGUAUGAAAUACAUCGAGCAAACCAUGGAGAAAAUGGAACACAAAAAUUAUGACAACGUAAAAGAAGAGGACAUAUCAAUUGUGGAACGAAUUUUGAGAAAAACUGAUAAUCCCAAACUGGCGGCAGUACUAGCUCUCGAUUUGUUACUUGUUGGCGUCGACACAACAUCCAUUGCUUUGGCAUCGACCAUUUAUCAGUUAUCCCAGAACCCUGAGAAACAGGAGAGGCUUUAUAGGGAAUUGGAAGCUGCCCUUCCAGACCCAGACUCUGUCGUUAGCGCACAAGCCCAGGAAAAUAUUCCAUAUCUCAGAGCUUGUAUCAAAGAAACUUUAAGGAUGUACCCAGUAAUAAUUGGAAACGGAAGAAAUCUCCAAUCGGACACAGUCUUAGCCGGUUACAGAGUACCAAAAGGAACUCACGUAAUUUUUCCACAUUUGGUGGUGAGCAACACGAGCAAGUACAUAGAGAGUCCGGAAAAAUUUAUGCCGGAGAGGUGGUUGAAGUCUACAGAUGGCUGUCCUGUACAUGGCAAGAAAAUACAUCCGUUCAUAUCGCUACCCUUUGGUUAUGGCAGGAGAUCUUGUUUGGGCAGAAGAUUUGCCGAAACUGAACUAAACAUACUAUUGGCAAAAAUAUUCCGUAAAUACAAAGUGGAAUACAACUAUGGACCCUUAACUUAUAGAAUUACGCCCACAUAUGUUCCAGAACAGCCCUUAAAAUUUAAACUUACUGAGAGGGAAACACGUUGAAGUAGGCAUUUGUCACAAGUCUAGAGCAUAGAUAAAGAGCUUUAACUACUAUAUUCCUUCUCAUUACUUUAUAGUAUGGCUUUAUCUUGGUAUGUUAUUAUAUUUGUACCUGAGAGUGUGUAUUUACUUAUGUAUAUUGUGUAUAUGUUUAUUAUUGCUGUUACUUAUUUUUAUAACUGAUUAGAUUAAGUUACUUGUAACAAUAUUUUUAUAUAAUAAAAUAUUAU